AUGGAUCACUACUGUCCCUGGGUUGGCGGUAUCGUUGCCGAAACCUCUUUCAAGUUUUUUGUCCAGUUCACGUUCUACACUUCAAUAUACUGCGCCAUUGUUCUUGCCGCAACUAUAAUAUGUUUCCAGUGGAAGGUUACCCACGGUGUUGGUGUCGACGGCGUGGCUAUCGGUGCCUUGGUGCUCUCCGCCUUCUUCGGUCUGUUCACGUUCACAAUGACGGCGACAUCGAUCCGUUAUAUCGCCAUAAACCUCACCAACAUCGACCAUCUCAAGGCUAAAAAUGUGGUACAUCAACUUGCGAUACGGGUUCCCAGGGGAACGCCCCGGGGGACCAACUACAACGUCAUCACGUUUCCCUUGCCUAAACCCACGAAUGGAACCGCCCCUGCGCGCCAGGAAACCACAACUGAAUCCACUUCGCCGCGAGAUCAGCUUGCCACAAGGACAUUUGCCAUCGUCAAAACCGAGAUGGGUGAGAACCCUUGGGAUCUUGGUUAUUAUGGAAAUUGGAAAUCUGUCAUGGGCGACAACGUGGUCGACUGGCUACUUCCUAUCAAGCAAUCCCCUUGCACGUCAUACGAGAAUAAUGAGAGUUUUUACGAAAUGGGGCCUUUGUACCAGAAAUUGCGGGUUAGGUUUGGACUUCCCGAUCUGCCAACAGGGCAGGUGAAGGCUGAGAUGAGCGAGUGGAAGAGGACGACCAUGGGAUGA